AUUGUUGUCCCUGAUUGACAUGUUGUGAAAUUUAGUUUGACUUUUUCUUUUUAGCCUUGAAAUCAAAUGAAUUUGGAAAUAAAAAACCUGAGGUAAAUCUCUUUGGUACAAGCACUCCUCUGUGGAUAUCAGCACUGAAGAAGACAGCCAGGUCCAGAAGUCUGCACUACAGUCUAUCAUUUGGGAUCCUCUCUUGCAGGGAGGGGUUCCUUUCCCUGUUUAUUCUUGACUCAGAAGGAGGGAAGAGGAGCAAGAUUCAAGCACAGAUGAAGAGGAAGGAGUUCCUUUCCCUGUUUAUUUUGGACUCAGAAAGAAAACAGUUGAGCAGCAGUCAAUCAGUGAUGAAGAGGCGGGCUAUAUGAAAUGUCCAAUCAGGUGAGCGGUGGCAGGAGGUCUCUUGGGUCUUUUCUGGUGUGUAGACAUUUUUUACCUGUCUGGAAUACAAAACUGGGAGCAGAAUGCUUGCUGGAUCUCAUUUCCUGGUUUCGAAGUCCUGUGGCCUGAUCAGCAAAGAGUCUGGGAGACCCUCUAACCACGGAAUGGAGGCAGUGACCUUUGAGGAUGUGGUUGUGAACUUCAGCAAUGAGGAGUGGGGUUUGCUGAGUCCAUCCCAAAAGAACCUCUACAGAGAUGUGAUGGGCGAAACCUUUAGGAACUUGACUGCAAUAGGAGGACUUGCAGAUAUCCAGGAAGCUAAAAAAGAAUGCAAGAUUUCCUGGAGAUACUUAAGAAAUGACAAGCUAGGGAAGUCCUAUGGACAUACAUCUUGGAAUCAGUGUAAAGAAGUAUUCCUUUGUACUGCAGAAGGUAAUGUGAAUGUGAAAGAAACAGAAGCACACCACGAUGUUCAGAUACAGAAAAAAUAUUGCAGUGGAGGGAAACCCUAUGUAUGUCAGCAAUGUGGAAAAGGUUUCACCAAAUCUGGACAUUAUAAGCAACAUGAAAGAAUUCACACUGGAGAGAAACCAUAUGUAUGUAAGCAAUGUGGGAAAGUUUUUAAAACACGUGCGUAUUGUAAGGUUCAUGUAAGAUUUCACACUGGAGAGAAACCUUAUGCAUGUAAGCAAUGUGGGAAAGCUUUUACCACACAGGGACAGUGUAAGUCACAUGAAAGAAUUCACACUGGAGUGAAACCGUAUGUAUGUAACCAAUGUGGGAAAGCUUUUAAUACACAGGCAGAUUGUAAGAAACAUGAAAGGAUUCACACUGGAGAGAAACCCUAUGUAUGUAAGCAAUGUGGGAAAGCUUUUAACACACAGGGAUAUUGUAAGAAACAUGAAAGAAUUCACACUGGAGAGAAACCCUAUGUAUGUAAGCAAUGUGGAAAAGGUUUCACCAUCUCUGGACAUUGUAAGCAACAUGAAAGAAUUCACACUGGAGAGAAACCCUAUGUAUGUAAGCAAUGUGGGAAAGCUUUUAACACACAGGGAUAUUGUAAGCAACAUGAAAGAAUUCACACUGGAGAUAAACCCUAUGUAUGUAAGCAAUGUGGGAAAGCUUUUAAUACACGGGCAGAUUGUAAGAAACAUGAAAGGGUUCACACUGGAGAGAAACCCUAUGUAUGUAAGCAAUGUGGGAAAGCUUUUAACACACAGGGAUAUUGUAAGAAACAUGAAAGAAUUCACACUGGAGAGAAACCCUAUGUAUGUAAGCAAUGUGGGAAAGCUUUUAACACACAGGGAUAUUGUAAGAAACAUGAAAGAAUUCACACUGGAGAGAAACCCUAUGUAUGUAAGCAAUGUGGGAAAGCUUUUACCACCCAUGGACAGUGUAAGGAACAUGAAAGAAUUCACACUGGAGUGAAACCGUAUGUAUGUAACCAAUGUGGGAAAGCUUUUAAUACACGGGCAGAUUGUAAGAAACAUGAAAGGAUUCACACUGGAGAGAAACCCUAUGUAUGUAAGCAAUGUGGGAAAUCUUUUAACACACAGGGAUAUUGUAAGAAACAUGAAAGAACUCACACUGGAGAGAAACCCUAUGUAUGUAAGCAAUGUGGUAAAGCUUUUAAUACACGGGCAGAUUGUAAGAAACAUGAAAGGAUUCACACUGGAGAGAAACCCUAUGUAUGUAAGCAAUGUGGGAAAGCUUUUAACACACAGGGAUAUUGUAAGAAACAUGAAAGAAUUCACACUGGAGAGAAACCCUAUGUAUCUAAGCAAUGUGGGAAAGCUUUUAACACACAGGGAUAUUGUAAGAAACAUGAAAGAAUUCACACUGGAGAGAAACCCUAUGUAUGUAAGCAAUGUGGGAAAACCUUUACCCAACAUGUACAUUGUAAGCAACAUGAAAGUUCACACUCAAGAUAAAACCAGUGUAUAUAAGUAUCAUGAGAAUUUUUGAGCACAUGUACAUAUUGCAUGAUGCAUGAAAUCUUCACACUGGACAGAAAACUUAUAUAUGUAAGGAAUGUGGGAAAGGUUUCAGCAGAAACGCUCAUUGUCCAAUACAUGAAAAAAAUUACAUUGUUGAGAAACCCUGUUUAUGUGACAAAUGUGGGAAAGCUUUCACCACAUAUGGAUAUUGUAAAAUACGUCAAUGACUUUACCCUGAGGAGAAACCCUAUGCAUAUAAAAAUGUGGCAAAGCUUUUACUGCAUAGUGAAAGAAUUCACACUGGGAAGAACCACUGACUAUGGAAGCAAGUAGAGACACUUUCAGCAGCCAUAUUGUAAGUGAAAUAAGUGAAAAAACUCACACAAGCAAUAAAUUCUAUGUGUUAUGGGAACCCUCAGCACACAUGAUCAUUGUUACAUAUCUGAAAGGGCUCACUGCAUCCUAUGUGGAUUAACAAUGUGAGAAAUAUGGCAAUCCAUGUUUGUUGUUAAAUACACAGAAAAAACAUCACUCUUCAGACAGUGUAGAUCUAAGUUUACUUUAAAAAUCCCUAGGAGACCUGAAGAAAUAAUCAAUAAAGAAUUUUGAUGUCAAUAUUUCUUCACAAUUUUAGAGAAAUGACAAAUCUGAGAAUCUCUACUCAAGUGUACAUGUUGUAUUGUUUUCAGUUAAUCACUUGUACCUCUUUAGAUUUUUUAAAGUGUCUUUGUGCUUCAACAUGGUAUCUUGUAAUUAAACAUGGUAAACUAAAAUGGGCUUUUCAAUUUCAAGUAUGGAUAGUGUCUAUGUACUUAAUAUUUUGUCUUUAAAUAUUUUAUAUUUUUGUGAACUUUAAUGUUGUUUAUUUAAAGAGAAAAAAACAGAAAAAUGUAUAGAAAUAAUACAGAAUUUCAGAAAAAUAAUAAGAAAUCACUAGUUGAUUUGUUACAUAUUGUCAUCUUUGAAGUAGUUGUUCAAGUUAUAAAAUUAAAGCACACAAAGUGAUAUUCCAAUAAUGACACUGCGAACAGUUCACCUCUAUGAUCGAACAAAAACUUAUUAAUAUGCUUAUCUGUCCUACACACUUGUAUUUUUCUUAAAAAGUGUAAGAUUAAACAUGACAAAACAGAAGAUAACAGUUCAUAAGAAAACAAGUUAAGGAAACACAGAUUUCAAAGCAAGUCCACUGAAGAUGUUCACUGUCUAUCUUACUAUCUCUAGUUUUCUUUGAAAUAGUUUUUCCCAUCUUCACAUGCAUUAAAUAUAUACUGAACACUAUAAAUCUAAGCAAAUAAUUACAGAAUGAUGCAGGCUUUUUGGGUCUUCAAGACUGAUUUUGAGGAAGUCGAAAAUGACUAUGAUAAUGUCUCUCAUUCUCUUAGUAAUAGCUGUCUUUCUCUUUAUGUAUGCUCAAAUUGAGCAUAAGAGACUAGACUAAUAUCACUCUGAACAGUGAAUAAUAGCAUCCUGAGAAGGAGAAAGGUGAGGAAUUGCCUAAUAAAAGAAGGCAGAGGACAUUGUUAAAAGUAUCAGGAUUUAAAAGCUACGGUAGUCUUAUUGCUUUGUUUAGUUUGAUUAUAUUUUGUUCUGGUCUGUCUAUUCAUAUUAGAUUUGAGCACACAGAGAGAUAACCCCAAAAUAGCAGGUUAUACCAUGGUAACUAUCCGUAAUUUCCUAUUAACUUAAACUGAAACCCAGCAUUACUUACAUUGUCUUCUAUGAUCUUCUUUGAAGCUGGUUUGUUUGAAUGCUAUUUGGCCUUGACUUAUUUUAUUCACAUUUGCUUUGCUUGCUUGUAUCAAGUCCAAGAGUAGAGGCAACUACUCUGAAGAUGACAAGAUGUAAAAGAUAUACACUGGGGGGCUGGGGAUUUAGCUCAAUGGUUUAAGCACCUUUCUGGCAAGUGUGAGGUCAUUUGUUUGAUCUCCAGUACCAAAUAAAUAAAUAAAUAAAUAAAUAAA